AUGGCUAUGGCUGCAAAUGCUCAGUUUCAUGUCCUGGCAGUCGAUGACAGCAUCAUCGACCGAAAGUUGAUUGAGACUCUCCUCAAAACUUCUUCAUUUCAAGUUACUGCAGUAGAUUCAGGAAGUAAGGCUUUGGAGUUUCUGGGUUUGCAUGAAGAUGAGCAAAAUCAUCAUCACAACUCGGAAGUAAAUAUGAUCAUCACUGAUUACUCUAUGCCUGGAAUGACUGGUUAUGAUCUCCUUAGAAAGAUCAAGAAAUCUAAAUAUCUUAAAGAUGUACCGGUUGUCAUCAUGUCCUCGGAGAAUAUUCCAUCAAGAAUCAGCAGGUGCUUGGAGGAAGGCGCAGAAGAAUUCUUUUUGAAACCAGUUCAGCUGUCGGAUAUGAACAAGCUUAAGCGUCAUUUGUAUAAGGGUAGUUCUAAGAACUACAAACACAAUAUCAAGAAAAGAAGGACCAUCAUGAAAGAAAACCAAUCACCCAAAAAAGCAAGAAAAUCAUGUAUUGGCUUGGAAGUGAUCUAAGAAGUACGUACAUUACAAGGGUGAAGGGACACUCAUGUUCUCUGUUUUGCGAAUAGGAUCAAUGAUUUUAUUCUGAGAUCUCCGCAAAGGCAGCAACUGUCUAGCUGGUUUGGAGAUGAACUAAAAGAAUAUGGGGCUCAUUCUGAAAACAAAGAUGGGAAUCAAUUCAAGUCAUUUACGACUUCCGGCCUAUUGGCCUUUCCAAUGUCUCCGAUGAAAUCCUUGGUAAAACUUUCGGUCACAGAUUCAUAGAAUUAUCUCCAUUUAAGGCUGCAUUUGUGAUAAGGGCCACAAUUUUUUAGGACAACAUUAUAGCAAGGCUGAAAAUGGAGGAGACAGCUUCGCGGAGUAUCUCCGGUCACCAGCCGCCUCUUUUUCUGGAUAUGGGCAUUUUCUUUUGCUCGGUGAGGUUAAUGCCAAGAGAGGAGCAA